AUGGGGCAGAACUCACGAUCAGGGCGGUGGCCGAGAUUUACCGGGAUUUAUGGGGGUCACACCACCAUGCUUCACGAUCCCAAAUGCCGACUUGACUACCUACUUGCCCCGAUCAGGCUCCACCACGCAGAUCUUUUCAGCCUCGAUUGUCCCUCUAGGACCCCCCCUAUAAAUACUAAGCUCAAGACUACAUUCAAGGGAUCUGAAACAACUCGUUGUGGCUUCGCCGUAGAUGGAAUUAACUUUCUUUGCUUCCCAACCAUCGGAAGUGGAUGGGCAUGGGAACCUAGAGGUGCAAAGAGAAGCCGUGUCCAUGAACCUGACGCCAUGGGUUUUGCCGCAAUGGAGGAGUCUGUUAUGCCUGUGGUACCCAAAUUUGGAAUGAACUUCAAAGAGAAACCCAUGAAUAUUGGUCGGUUUGGUUUGAACAAAGAGGAUCUGGAAGAAGAUAGAGUCAAGAUUGAAGAUGAUGACUUUGAAGUUUCUGAAGGAUCCCGUGGACCUUGCAUUCGUUUCUCAGAAAAGGUAAAGGAUAGACUUUACCGUCCAUGGCAAAAUGUCAUAAUAAUCAAGCUAAUGGGUAAGGCCCAUGCCUAUAACUUUUUGUUGACUCGCCUAAAGCAAAAAUGGAGCAUGUUGAAAGGUCCGAUGAGUUUGAUUGACUUGGAAAACAACUUCUAUAUUGUAAGGUUUGCUUUAGAAGAAGAUAUGAGGUAUGUUUUUUCUGGAGGACCAUGGACAAUUGCUGUGCAAUCGCUAGUUAUGCAAAGAUGGAAGCCAUGA